UUCUAUUUAUAACUCUCCUCGAAACGGCGGUGUUCGAUCUUCAGAAACUUGACUCCCACGCUCGCUCGGAAAUCGACUCCUCGCUACCUUGUUCUCGUCUCUCUAACAUUGGCACAGACGUGUGGCUUUUCUGGGAAUUCAAUCGGAGUUGCAGAGAACUGGCAUUUUUAUCGCCGUCACCGGAGAAUGAUGGAGAUCGACGUGAAAUCGAUGGCUCGGACAGUCGAGGUCGACAAUCGAAUUGCUCUCCGUAAUUACUACCGGAUCGCUGAUAAUCUCCUCAAACAGGCUAGCAUCUAUAGGGAGGAGAAGAAUGUUAUAGAUUUGUACAUCAUUCUUCUUAGAUAUUCGAGUUUGGUGUCUGAAACUAUACCAUUUCAUCGGGAUUACCUGGUUCUGCUUCCAGAAGAAAGAAAAAAAUAUAAGAAGAAAUUGCCAUCAGUGCUGGAUGAGGUUGAAUCUUUGAAGCCAGAGUUCUUACGACGAGUGGACGAACUAAAAAAGGCCCAUUCUGGAUCCAGAUUACUACUACCUGAAGCCCCAGAAUCGAGUUUAUUUGGUUCAGAGAUAUCCUCCUUGGAAAGGCCUGCUGCUAAUAGAAAUUCUUACCUCAGCGUUGAUAUGAAGCGGCCUGCUAGUGUAGCACCUCAGUCUUCAUGGAAAUAUCACAAUCAUCAGUCUCAGGGUUUUUCACCAAACUCCGUGCAAAUUGAGAAGCAGUUCCAAAAGCUAUCUUUUGGUUUACCUCCUCCAAAGAAGGAAACUUUGUCUAGACACUCAUUCUUGGGUCCAAAUGGUCUUCAAGGACAGUGGCGAGGACCUAGUGCAGACAUAAAGGUUCAAUAUCCAAACAAUAUCAACUUAAACCCAACAGAAAUUCCAGUCCUGAAUCAGGCUGGACAAUAUGGUCUUGUGCCAGCAAAAGAUGGUGAUCACGUCAGCAUCGGAUCUACAAUGGAGUCAGUGCUCUCCUUGGAUGAUGGUAGAUGGCUAUGUACUGAGGAGUCGUGUUCUCCAUUGAUUGAGGCAGAACCUUUGCAGUUGGUCAAGCAACCUUCCAUUCCUCCUGUCCUUGCUCAGCUGCAGCAAGAUGUCACUCCAAUUCCUCCAUCAAAAGUUGCAGAUCCAAGACCUGGAUCAGCUAAAUCUUCUCAGAAUGGGAUACCAGAUUCUGGUUCAUAUCAGCAUCUACACAUUCCCGUAAAAAUGAUGGAAGAUUUCUUGAGAUUAGCUCUGGAAAACACUCAAAAGAAUUUAGAGACAUGUGGUGUUCUUGCGGGUUCAUUGAAAAACAGGGUCUUCCAUAUCACUACACUUAUUAUCCCAAAGCAAGAAUCAACUUCUGAUUCGUGUCAGACUUUGAAUGAGGAAGAGAUAUUUGAAGUUCAAGACAAAUUAUCUCUCUUUCCGCUUGGUUGGAUUCACACGCACCCAUCACAGACCUGCUUCAUGUCUUCCGUAGAUCUACACACUCAUUACUCGUACCAGAUUAUGCUGCCAGAAGCAAUUGCAAUUGUUAUGGCCCCUACAGAUACUUCGAGUCCACAUGGCAUAUUUCAUCUAUCCGAUCCAGCUGGUGUGUCUGUGCUUCGUAAUUGCCAACAGCGUGGCUUUCAUCCCCACGAGGAGCCAUCUGAUGGAAGCCCAAUUUAUGAGCAUUGUUCACACGUCUAUAUGAACCCCAAUUUGAAGUUUGAUGUGGUCGAUCUUCGGCGUGAGUUUUCUCAUUGAAGCUGGAACAUAUAUAUAUAUAUAUAUAUAUAUAUAUAUAUAUAUGUAUGUAUGUAUCAGUAUAUGUAUAUUAGAAAGUAAAUGUCUUUGCACCUCACAGACUUAUUCUGAGUAUAGGAUGGAUAGGAAGCACAUCCAUUUGUAUCUUCAACCAUUUGCGAGAAAGCUCAAGUCGAUCUUGUAUUGUUGUUUGACUGGUAAAUAUAAAUUGUGUCAUUAACACC